AUGCAGCUGGAGGGACUUUCCACAAAAAAUGCAGCCACUGCGAUCUCCCAGCCUGCUUCUAGUACUGCAGCAGCACCAGCAGCAGCAGCAGCAGCUGCUGCUGCUGCUGCUGCAGCAUGCAGCGCUGCUCUGACACUGUCACAUCAUGCUGCUCCUGCUGAGCAACCCCAGCAGCUGCUGCAGCAAACUGUCUCUCCGACGCAAGUACUCUGCAGCAGCUCUGCCGCAGCAGCACCUGCAGCUGGGGAGCAAGUGGCCUGGGUGCAGGUAGGCGUGACGCAGCAGCAGCAGCAGCAGCAGCAGCCGGCAGUGCAGACUCAUGUGCUGGUACACACCUUUGCCUCUGGAGAAGCGGAUCUUGCUGCUGUUCUGCGGCGAAUCGUGGCCUCCUCUGGCGGUGGAAUAGUUCUGAACACGCUGCAGCAGCAGCCGGCUCAGCAGCAGGAGCAGCAGCAGCAGCAGGCGACCCUGGUGAUUGACCCACAAGCAGGAUUGCUUCAGCAGCCAGCAGCUGCCCAACCCUCAGCCCUCACCGCUGCGCCCGUCACAGUCUAUUCCAGCAUCGUUCCCCAGCAGCAGCAGCUGCAGCAGCCACAGCAGCAGCCGCAGCAGCAGCAGCCGCAGCACCUACAACAGACGCCAGCAGUUAUGACGCCAUACGUUCCUUUACAGCUUCGGCACAUGCGCACUAUUGCUGAUCCCUUUCAGCUGCAGCGGCAGCAGCAGCAGCAGCAGCAAUUGGUAAUGCUGCAUCAACAAGCACCGGUCCGUAUGCACACAAGUCCUGCAAUUUUGUCAGCUCCCAGCGGAGGCCCGGUGCUGCAGCCAGUGGCUGCGACAACAGCAGCAGCAACAGCAGCAGCAGCUGCUGCUGCUGCUGCAGCUUCUGGUGUCGCAGCUGCCCUACCCACGACUAAGCUGCAAGCCCCUGAGCCCCAGACGCCUAUGAAGCAGCCGCUUACGCUGCUGGCGCUGCAGCCUCCUGUGCAGCCGCAGCUGCCAGUGCAGCAGCAGGUGCAGCAGCAGCAAGUUGUUGCCCCAGUGAGGUAUCUCCCUACAGCCACAGAGCAGCAAGCAACCACUUAUGUCCCCUGGCAGCAGCAGCAACAGCAGCGAGAACGUGUGCCGAGGACGCGCAGCGAGUGCUUCUCAUAUCGGCCGAUGCUUAGGAGCAACAGCGCUGGGCCCGAAACGGCCGCAACAGCAGCAGAAGCAGCAGCAGAAGCAGCAGCAACAGCAGCAGCAGCAGCAGCAGAAGCAGUAAGGCUGCGGCGGCAGUCCUGGCCAUUCUCUCCGGUGGCUGCAGCCCCACACUAUUCUCCGCCGCCUUCUGUGUGGCAGCAGGGCAACGCUACACCGGUAGUGGGCGCCCUGCAGCAGCCGCUGCUGCUGCCGCAGCCAGCCGUUGCAGCAGCAUCGCCAGCAGCUGCAGCAGCAAACGAAGGGGCUGCUGCUGCUGCUGCUGCUGCCUACACAGAGCCCACCCAAGCAACAACUCAGUCCACCGCAGCUUUUGGGGUUUCUUUGUCUCCCACAGCUUCGCAGCAGCAGCCAGCACGCCGCGCCCAAAGCGCCUCGAGUGUACGUACACUCCAAGCUGCUGCUCCUUUUUCAAGUGUGUCUCCGCAGCAGCAGCAACAAAGCCAGCAGCGGUUCUUCUCUUUGCCAUCAACGCCGCUGCCGCAGGGGACGCGGAGCACUGCAGCAGCAGCUCUCCUGUCUCCUCUUAGUGAGCAUGCUGCUGCAUCGGCUGCCUUUGCUGCGAGUGCCCCACCUUCUUCCACCGCCGCACCUUUUGAUGCUCCUGCUGCUGCUGCUGCUGCUGCACCUGCUGCUGCUGUACCUGUUGCUGCUGCACCUGCUGCUGCUGCGUGGCCAGACACACGUCCCCUUGCAGCUGCGCCGUGGGAGCAAAACGUCAGACGCACUCUUUCCGAGCCGCCCUCUGCAGCCCAAGCAGCAGCAGCAGCGCAAGCAGCAGCAGCAACAGCAGCAGCAAAUUCCGCAUUUGCGGACGGCAGCGGAGCCCUGACAAGCUUGUCAGGGCGUGCCAGCAGCAGCAGAUACUUACAACAGCUUGUCAGGGCUCCGCUGCCGUCCGCAAAGGCGGAAUUUGCUGCUGACGUUGCAAGCGCUUGGAGUCCAGCAGCAGCAGACUUGUUUUCUGCUGCUUCGCCUACUGUUGCUGCCGCGCCUGCUGCUGCUGAUCCGCAGCCGCUACGUCCUCGGCGCAACAGCUAUCCUGUCUCCCCGGCUCUACAAGCAACGCGCCAGCACGCUGCAGCAGCUGCUGAGGGAGCGCUUCGGGCUGCAGCAGCAGCAGCAAGGGCCCGCACUGCUGCUGCUGUUGCUGUUGCUGCAAAGGCAGACAGUCUGGCAGCAGCAUCAGCUCUUAGAAGUCCUGCUGCUUCCUGCUACAGCAAUACCCCACCAAACCGCCACGUUUCCCCUUCUGCUGCGUCUGCCUCUCCCGCUGCGCCACUGCAGCUGCCACCGUUGCAGCCCUCAUAUAUGUCGCCGCAGCAGCAGCCCCAGCAGCAACCGCUGCAGCAGCAGCAGGUGGUACUGCCGCAGCACCAGCAGCUGCAGCAUGUCUCGCCAGCACCCCCUCUCAACCUCAGCUUGCCAACACUGGAGCCAACGCUGCCGCAACUGGAACCAAAUGCUUACGGCGAUUCAGGAUCUUCACGAGGCCUUAACAGCAGCAUACUGCAGCGGCAGCAGCAGCAGCAGAAUAGCCUUACUUCCCCUGGGCUGCGCGCACUGUCACCGGUUCCUGCUGUGCCUGCAACCCCGCCCUAUACACAAGCCAGUGCCUCGGGCAGCGGGGUUUCUCUACAGCAGCAGCCUCAAUCCCCGGUGCAGCACCUUCUGCAGCCGCAGCUGCAGCAGCAGCAGGAACAACAGCAGUUGCUGCCGCAACUGCCGCAGCUGCCGCAACAGCUGCCACCUUUGCAGUCCUUCAAUUCGCUGCAAAGAGGAGAAACGCCUGCGACGUCCUUAAGCAGCCACUUGCCGCAGCCUGCGCUCCACUCUCCUGUGGUGCAGCAGCUCCCCGUGGAGCAGCAGCAGCAGCAGCAGCAGCAGGGCAGCUACUCUGCCAAAUCUGCGCUCAGUGGCACCUUGCAAUCUCCGAACGUGACUGGAGCUUCUCCAGUAGGCACAGAGGAGGUGACUUUGCCGCGGCUGCAGCAGCAGCUUCCGCUGCAGCAGCUGCAAGUAGAUGCAGCAGAGCCCUACUCGAGCUCCCAUCAGGGCAGCCUUAUCACAUUUGCGGCAGAGACUCCCCCUGCUCUAGACCUAACCCAGCAGCAGGAGCAGCAGCAGCAGCAACAGGAGCAGGAGCAGCAGAUGCAGCGGCGGCAGAGCAGUGGAGUGCCGCUGCGCCUCCCUAGCAUGUCUCCAUCCAGAGCUGCUGCAGAACGCGCAGCGCUUGCUGCUGCCAGGGCAACAGCAGCUGCUCAAAGUGCCACAGCUGCAUGCGCGCGGCUACAGCUGCUGCAGAAGCAGCAAGCUGUGCCAAGAGGGAUAGCAGCAGCAGCUGAAGCAGCGGCCAUUGCUGCAGAGACAGGCGCAUCUACAGCACAGCUGGCAGCCGAGAGGGCAGCACUUGCCGCAGCAGCAGAAAGCAUCGUAUCUCCUGUGGGAUCAUCUUUGCUGCGCAGCAGCUCUCUUCCCGCGGAACUGACUCCAUCGCGGCUGCAGGUGCAGCAGCAGCAGCGGCAGCAGCAGCAAUCGGCGCUCGUACGGGCUAACACGGGAGGCAGACCCCUGGCAAGUCCACGGCUAUUGUCCCCCAUUGCACUUCAGCAGCAAUUGCCUCCUCUCUUUCCCCGCAACACCCGCAGCGCUGAGUCCCUCAGACAAGGACUCCUUAGCCGAAGUCCAGCAUCUCGAGUCCAGCGUCCUCAGCAACAGCUGCAGCAACAGCAACAGCUGCAGCAACAGCAGCAUUUGCAGCAACAAAAGAAGCCGCAGCAACCGCAGCAGCUGCAGCAACAGCAGCAGCUGCAGCAGUUGCAGCGGCAGCCGCGGCAGCAAGAGCGUCCAAGUGCGCAGCAGCGAGUUCAGCCAGUGCAGCAAUUGCAGCAGCGGCGCACGCCUGCGCAACUGCGCGAGCAGCAGCUGCUGACUGAGCAGCAGCAGCUGCGGCAGCAGCGCCUUGAGCUGGAAAGAGAGCUUGCUGCAGAACUGCAGAAGCAGCGCAGCGCCUCAGCCCUGCCUGGGCCUCUUUCCCGCAGCAGCUCGUUGGGGCAGCAACAACUUCCUGCUGCACCGCAGCAAGUGCAUUUGCCAAGUCCUGCAUUCGCCUACUCCAGAAUGGUCAGCAGCCCCACACCCCGCAGCAGCGGCAUUCUCACCCGGUCCAGCAGUCUGCUGCAGCAGCAACAGCAGCAGCAGCAACGGCAGCUGCAGCAUCAGCAGCCAGGCCGCAGCACUCUCAGUAGCUGGCACACCUCACCUGUCCACACACCUCUGGAAGGCACAAGGACUGGCAGCAGAACCCCAGCGUCUAGAGCAGCAACGCCGGCCGCAGCGAGAGCCGCCUCAACCCCAACAUCAGCAACACUGCCAGCAGCAGCAGCAGCAGCAGCAGCAGAAUCAAUCUCACCUGCUGCAGGCAGCUCCAAGCCGCUUUAUGCGCGCAUAUAUUCUCCCGCCAGCAGCCCUUCAAGAAUUGGGAGCCUCAAGACGCCCGCGUAUUCCCCAAUAGAUGCAAUAUCCCCAUUCAACAUAAGGCAGAAUCAGCUGCCGCCGCUCAAGGAGCAGCAGUACCGCAUGCAGCAACAGCAGCAAUGCCACCGCUACGCCUUCAGUUCCCUGCCUUCCAGCGAGUCACUUUACCCCGGCUUUUCCCUUUCAGCGCCCACGCCGCAGUCCGCGCCUGCUGCUCUGUUCCACAGUAACAGUGGAGGCUUGCAGCGUUUUCCUACUGGUGGGUCCCGGCAGCAGCAGCAGCAGCAGCAGCAAGGCUUCCAGGGACCCGACAUUGUUUGGGAUCGGCCAGGACAAGACCUCCUGUCUCCUCAAACCUCUCACGGGCCCCCUACGCUGCAUGCGCAAACUGUAGACACCCCUCGCCUAGGCGAUGUGCAGACUGCACUGAGUCCAAGAUGCGCAUCACCGAGAAGGGUCCCGCCUCAGCAGCAGCAGCAGCAGCAGCAGCAGUGGCAGCCAUUGCAGUCAUCCGCUUCAGUAAGGGGCGCGUCUCCUGUGAUGACGCAAACGAGACUAUCCUCAGCGUAUAGUCCUGCACUGCAGCAGCAAAACAAUGCAGCAGCAGCAGCACCAGCAGCAACGGCACCAGCUGCUGUUAAUCCAGAGGCAGCUACCGCAUCCGCCCAAGGCGAGGGUCUUGUUGAUGGAGCUGCCACCGCCACUUCCGCCUUGAGGCACGCUGAACGCGCGGCAGCAGCAGCAGCAGACGCAGCGCAGAGAGCUGCUGCUGCUGCAGACGCCGCUGGGCAAUCCCCUGCAGCAAAUGCCGCGCGCUUUAGAGCAGCACGGGCUGCAGCAGCAGCACAGGCCGCUCUCAUUGCUGCUCAAAAACGAGCUGCUAGUAUCAGCCCAGCCCUCCCAAGCCUUCCUUCAAAUCCACGCCUUUGCCCUCAGGCGCCGCUGCUGCCACAGAGGCAGCAGUGGCAGCAGCAGGACAACAGCAGCGCAGCACUCCAAGGACCCUCCUUUGGCGAGUGGCCGCAGCAGCAAAGGGGCAGCAGCUCUCCGCGAACAGUGGCGCCGGCAGCAAGGCAGCAGGCAACGCCUCGCGCUGCAGUAUUUAGCGCCGCAGCUGAUGUUUCUGGCACUGCCUCAGACCCUGCAGCAGCAGCUGCUGCUGUUGCUGCCACUAAAGGGCUGAGAGAAGCAGCGCAGCCCCCUGUUGCCACCGAGCCCUUGCACCAUCGCCCCGACGAAGCGUCGCAGCUAAUGCAGCAGCAGCUCAUUCAACAGCAGCAGCAGCAGCAGCAGAAGCAUCAGGGCACCAACACAGAGCCCCCCACCCCAUUAACUGUUUCUGCAUUUGCUCAUCCCGCUGAAAAAGGCGGAGAAGGCAGCCGCAGGCAGCAAAGUGAAAUGCCCCUUAUCCCGGCCGGUGCUGCAGCUGGCAAUGCUGCAGCAGCAACCCAUGUAACAGCAGCAAGUUACGCGGCAGCAACUGCUGUGCCGAACGCGGACCCUGUCUUGCCCGUGCUUCGCCACUCACUCGCUGAUGUUUCUGCUGCUGCUGCCUCCACUGCUCCUGCUCAGACAGGUCAGGGUACUCAGCAAGGACAGCAGCAGCAGCAGCAGCAGCAGCACGAGCGACAGUUAAAACAGCAGGAGCAGCCACAAUGCAACGCGACUCCAAAGUCUACUUUACCGUCCAGCGGCAGCAGCGUCAUGCGGCCAAACGGGCAACACGACUGGUUAAGCACGCUAGUGCUGCAGCAGCAAAAGCAGCUGCAGCGGCAAGGGCAGCAGCUGCAGCAGCAGCAACAGGAGCUCCAGAAGGUGCGGCAGGAUAGGGAGAGGGAGCAGCAACAGCGGGCUUUGCAGCUGGUGCUGCAGGACAAGCAGAAGGAAGCUGCAAGGAGGGCAGCUCAAGCCAUAGAGAAGGAGAUCCUUGAAAGGGAGGCCGAGAGGCAGAGGCAGAUAGCUGCUGUCGCUGCUGAAGCGCUCAAACAUUCUGAGUACGAAACGGCAGCAGUGGCCGAAGAAGCAAAUACUGCUGCUGCUGUUGCUGCUGGUGCUUCUGGUGGCGUUGCUGCUGCCGGUGGAGGCCCGGGUGCUGCAUGGCCCUUUCUAACGGAACGGCAAAAAAACGGGGUUGCCGCUGCUGCUGGAGAUGCAGCUGCUGCUGAACCUAGAGCAGCAGCAGCAGCCAGCAGCAGCGGCAGCGCUAACAGCAGCAGCAGUGCUGCGCGCUUCAGUGUUGAGGCACAGUUCGGCAAGACCCUUAGACAAGACCCUAGCUACCAAGCGUACGGGCAGCAAUUGCAGCAGCAGCAACUGAAACAAACACAGCAACAGCAAACGGAUCAGCAGCAACAGCAACACCAGCAGAAGCAGCAACUAAGUCAAGUGACGCCUGGCUCCCCACAGCCCUGGAGACCCCCUGGUGACAGCGAAGCUACCAUACAAUUCACUGCUACACCAAAUGGCCUAGAAGGGCCCCAAGAGGCGCUUUUGCCUGUAAAGGGGGCCCAGGACAUGCGUGAGGAGGCAGCAGUGCAGGCAGCAGCAGCAGCUGCUGCUGCAGCUGCCCCUAUUGAUGCAGGGCCUGAAACACGUGCUGCUGCACUGCCGGACGCGUGCAGCAACAGGAGCUCUUUCUCAUUUGAUGCGAAGCCCCACAGGAGGAGUCAGUCUCCCCUGGCUUCUUCGGCCACAACAAAUGUGCACACCGCUCCCUCUACAGUGUCCGACUCAGCAGCCGCAACAGUGAACAGCAGCAGCAGCAGCAGCAGCAGCAGCAGUUUGGGGCUGCCGUCGUCACUGAGGGUCCCAAGUGUCCCAUUCACCUGGAAGACCUGCCGCUACCUGCUGAUGCAGCUGCAGCGGCCAGCGGACACCUUUUCCAUAGACGGCGAGCUGUACAGACACUGGCAGCUGUCUUUAGUGCCCACAGUGGGCGCAGCGCAGAAUCGCCAGCGGCAGCAGAGCCCGCAUGCUGCAGAAGCCGCAGGGGCUGCUGCUGCUGCUCCUGCAGGAAGCUGCAUCUGCUGCCAGUGGGAACACCAGCAACAGUUGAGAUUGAACUUGACAGUCUUCGCUUUUUGCUUUCUCUCGUGUUUUUCUUCAGAGUACCACCCGCACUGCGUUGCCCCUCUUUUGGCCGUGCUGACAGACAGCGGGUCUCUUGAGGAGAAGAGCGAGGCCCUGGAGCGGCGCUCUGAGGGAUCUCCGCUGCUGCAGCAGCAGCAGCAGCAGCAGCAAGUGGGAGGCGGCAGCAGGAGAAAGCAGCGCACAGACCGCGUGGUUCUCGUCUUCCAGCUCUUCGGGCAGUCCGACUUGCUUGACUUCGUAGAGGCCAAUAAACCCAUGGAGCCCUGGUUUAAGAAGAAGCUGCAGCUGUCUUUGGUGCUGCUGCUGCACUCGCUGCACUCUGCGGGCGUCGCGCACCUUGACUUCACCCCAGAGAACAUCCUCGUGCACUCCAUGCUCGUGGGCUGCGUGGACAGCAGCAGCAGCAGCAGCAGCAACAGCAGCAGCAGCAGAGGGAAUUCAGAGGGCUUCCCGCUGCAGCUCCGGCUGUGCGACUUUGCGAAGGCCACUCCCCUCUUCAACUGGUCCAAUCUUCGCUACCCCGCCUCGCUGCUGCCAGGCUGCAGGUCCCAGGGAAGUAUGUCGCUGUCCAGCAGCGCUGCUUCGCAGGCAGCAGCAGCAGCAGCAGCAGCAGCAACGCAUGAAGAGCUGCCGCCCUUCGUCAGCUGCGAGCCAACCAUUGCCAAGGGGCCUUACAUGCCCCCUGAGGCCUGGGCAGCCAUGCGCAUUCUGCGUUCUCUGGGCAUCACUUCUCCCUUCUCGCAGAUCAGCGAAGCGCUGCUGCUGACAGGGAGGCCCCCACCCCCGUUGCAGCUGCGAGGGGGGGGCCUCGGGGCCUUCGGGGGCCCCUCCAAGGGCGGCGUAGAUGUGUCUUUUGUCUUCUUUGACGUGCGGAAAGCAGACAUUUACAUGCUGGGGGUGCUUUUGUUUUAUUCGUGGGCAGACGGGGCAGUGUGGGCUACUUCGGACGCGCAGCAAGACGAGCAGUGA